UCACUAUUUCUACCAUAACAAUUAACAAAAGAGUAAUGUUUGAAAUUACACUGUUUGUCAUCACUAGCGAGAAUAGAAUAUCCUUUUCAGUUAGAAGUGGCAGUGGCAUUUAUUUCAACCAGUUUCCUUCUUCGUCUUUUCUUCCAACUACCAACUUCUUUACCAGACAGAUUCAUUAAUAAAUGGCAAAAUCAAUCCUUUUGUGCAACAAAUUGUAUGGAAAUGGACAACUUUUCUGGGUUACACAUUCCUUCCACAAUUUCACCCAACGGAAGAAAAUGGAGAUUAAGGUAAAAGCGACGACUUCCUCGGAUUCAAAUGUAAAGAAAGCAAAUUUGUUUGCUACUAAAAAGGAAAGAGUUAAUCUGCCAACAUAUGAUGAUGUUGUUGGAAGUAAAAAAUACCACAUCAGUGAAUUUCUAAGCCAGCCUAGUGGAAUUGCAGCAGUGUUGAACACAAAGGCAUUGCAAUCAUUUCAAUCCCUUGAUGCUAACACAUACAGGUGUGAACUUCCUAAACUUAGACUUUUGAACUUUGAAGCUUCUCCUUUCAUAGAUCUGCGGGUUACCUCAACAGAUGAAGAUUGCUUGGUUGAAAUGAUUUCUUGUAAGUUCGAGGGUUCAGAAAUCAUUGAAGAGCAAAACGACCACUUUUCAGCGUUCAUGAUAAAUCGAAUGACAUGGAGUGAUGCUGAUGCUGAAUCAUUUUUGGAAGUUGAUGUGAAGUUGAAUCUCACACUUGAGAUCUAUACACGCCCGUUUACCAUGAUGCCUAUUUCAGCUGUUGAAGGUCCUGGAAAUAUAAUGAUGCAAGCUUUGGUGGACAAGCUGGUGCCACUGCUACUUGAGCAGAUGCUACAAGAUUAUGAUGAAUGGAUUCAAAAGCAGUUGUGUUGUCUAAAUAAGUCUUCUAGUUAAGGGAAAAUUGUUUAAGCUUAUUUUUAUAGUAGGUACAAGAGGGGUAGGAAGAAACUUUUUAAGUUUUGCUACGAGUAAGACUCUUCUUGAAAAAGAAAAAGUGUGUCAGUGUCGGUAUGCGAAACUGAUACCGACACUUGUGAUUAUAUUUGAAUUUUUCAUUUUUCAAAUUAUUAAUGUAUCGACGUGUCAGUGUCGACGUGCUUUCAAUGCCCA